AUGGCGGAUAAGUUCACCACUGCCCAUGCAGGAGCAAAGAAAGCAGAGGCCAGGGUCAACGAUAUCUUCGCUGUCAGGCAAACCAUAGGAGAGGGACUCAGGGACUUCCUGGCCAGGUUCAACAGGGUAAGGCUGAGCCUACCAAAUGUAUCGGAAGGCAUGGUAGUCGCAGCUUUCCAAAACGGGCUGAAUAGAGAUGGUUCGAGGGCGACCAAAAAGCUACUGAGCCGACUCAUGAAAUAUCCCCCCACCACAUGGGAAGAGAUCCACAAUGCCUACUGUGCCGAAGUACGAGCGGAUGAGGACGACCUCAAUGGACUGACCCAACGGCUAACGACGAUACAAUCAGAAACAAGAAGGGAUCGACGCAACGAUGAGCGACGGGAACAGCUCCCGCGCUUCAACAAAGAAAGGCAUCAGCCCUACGUUAGAUCCUCCCAUCCACCACCGCCGAGGCACACAGAGGCAUUGCAACAACAUGUCGCUCCACUCCGGAAUGAAAAAGGUAUGCCUCCUUUAUUAUCUGCCCAUAACUUUUGCGUGUCUACCUCAGAAAUAGUGUACGCACUGGAGAAGCUGGGCACCAAGGUGCAAUGGCCGCAGAAAAUGAAAUCAGAUCCUACCACAAGGAGGUCGAACGUCCUGUGCAAGUUCCAUCAGGAAAGAGGACACAAAAUCGAAGACUGCAUAGGUCUACGACAAGAGGUAGUCAGGAUGCUGAACCAAGGAUACCCGAGGGAGCUGCUUAGCGAUAAGGGAAAGACCAACUUCGCACGAGGGCGGGAACAACCCCAAGGGCUGCCGAAACCACCUUCGCCAGCACGCAUCAUAAACAUGAUCGUCGGAGGCGGCGAUGAUUCAGCAAUCAAACACGUAAAGUUCACCACCCCGCACAAUCUGAAAUGA